AUGACGUUCCUGGGCACCAUCGGUGGGUUAGUUGCGGGAUUCACUGUGGGCUUCACAUCAGUGGCAUUACCAUCUCUUGAAAAGGAUGAGAAUGCUCCCUUCACCUUAACCAGUCAAUCCAAGGCCUGGUUUGUGAGUAUGGUGAGUCUGGCACAGUUGCUGGGUGGCCUGGUAGCUGCUCUGAUUGCAAAGCAUUGGAGUCGCAAGUGGCUUCUCAUUGCACUUCUCAUCCCAAUAUUUGCUUCCUGGCUCAUGAUUGCAUAUCCAUUGAACCUCUCAAUGUUCAUGAUUGGUCGGGGUCUUACAGGCUUCUUCUUUGGUAUUCGAACCCCCAUUUCUCAGCUAUACAUAGCAGAGAUUGCACACAAGGAUCGAAGAGGUUUGCUGGCUUCAUGCACUGUGAUUGCUCUCACAUUUGCAACUAUGCUUACGUACAUCCUUGGGACAUUUAUGGAGUGGAGAGCACUUGCAUUGACUCUGGGAAUAAUUCCUGUGGCAUUAAUACCCCUAGUCCUUUUUGUACCAGAGUCACCUACUUUCCUCCUCUUACACAAGAGGCAUGAAGAGGCAGCUACAGCCCUAAGAAAGCUUCGAGGCCCACAUUAUGAUAUCACAAUGGAAAUGGAUCAAGUCAUCAAGCACAUCAAAGAAUCCCAAGAAACAAGAUCUCAUUUCAGAGAUAUUUUUCAAUGGAACUAUCUAAAACCUGUUGGCCUCCUCAUGGAUCAUGUGGGACGUAAACGCCUCACAAUCAUCUCGUCCUUCCUCAUGACCUUUGCCCACUUUGGCUUUGGACUAUACUACUACUUUCUUGAUAAUGAACUGUACAUGGAAACUCUGAAAAGCCUCUACUGGGUCCCCAUUGUUACACUGUGCCUAUUUGUGGCUGGGUUUUCCUUGGGAAUGAGUGCAGUAGUUUUUGUGCUA